GAUUUUUUCCUCAAUAUUUCUCGAUUUUUCAGCUUUCAGUGUGAUUUUCCAAGAGCCGUAGCUCGACCAGACGACGGAGAGCCUGAGGCUGGUCGCCAGAAGCACUAUGAAGUCCACCCCACACCGUCCACGAACAAACUCCGAAUCGAAGCUCGGGGCUCGCGAGCAGCUUCUCCGGGACUCUAUACGACUUCAAGUAGCUUCGGAGCCGUACGUCCACAUGACAAAGGAAUCCACGUGGGACGAGGCGAAAAAACUGGCGAUCAGUCUUGAAAAGAAGCCGGACAUUGUCCGUAAAGCGAUAUACAAUCGUCGUCGCUUCGUCAAUGAAAAGAUAAAAAGUGCGCUGGUCAAGCGCGAAAUCAUCGACCCAAGAAGCCCGGCAAUCCAUGAAAUAGCAGUGGCGGCGGAGACAAUCGCCAUAAACGUUGUGCACUUCUUGGAGACUCAUCACGCAAAAAUACUCGCUGAAAUCAAAGCGGCCGCCGCUGGAGCCGGCGCCCAGCUCCGAACUGCAUGAAUUAAUUCAAAUUAAUAUUUUUAAACUCAUUUUUCACACAAAUAAUCAUUCAUGUGUCCAUUUUUCACUCUCGAAACCCAUAUACCCUCACUCUAAAUAUCAAUAUAAUGCACAUUUCUCAUAGUUUUAAUCUGCCCUUACCAAUUAAAUCUUACCAAUUUUCCGCCAUGAUCCCUUUUUCCAUUUUGAAUAAAAUUCGACGACGAUU